CAGCAGAGGCUGUCCGAAUCGAAGCAGCUGGCUCACUUCACUCCAUCUUUGGCAGCUCACAGCGAAGUCUUCCAUCCGUCCGCCCGCCCGCGUGAGGCUGCAGGCUGGAUCUCUGAGUGGCGGUUUGCAACCAUGGCGGGCAGUGCUUCAUCGGCAUCUGCUCGCUUUCGCUUUGCAAUUGACCGAGGCGGCACCUUCACCGACGUCUACGCCGAGAUCCCCACUGCCGACGGGCAGACACACUUCGUCAAGACCAUGAAGCUGCUGUCCGUCGACCCAUCAUAUGUAAGCAUUAAAGCACGAAAGCAACAGCAGGAAGCCAGACACACACUCACUCUCUACCGAUUGCAUGAGUCAGUCAGUGUGAUCGGUCAUACUGUCCCUUGAUUCAUUGCCUCAGGAUGACGCACCACUGGAGGCGAUUCGGCGCGUUCUGAGGGAGUACGAGCCGCGCAGUGUGUCUGACUCGGGCGAGGUGGACCCGUUGGCCAUCGAGUGGAUUCGCAUGGGCACGACCGUCGCCACGAAUGCACUGCUGGAGAGGAACGGGGAGCGGGUGGCAUUCAUCACCACAAAGUGAGUGAGCCAAAUGUCCCAGGAGGAACAUGGUCACCCACUUGCAAUGUGUGAGCGCACCUCUCCUGUCCGUCUGUCUGUCUGUCUGUUUGUUUGUAUGUCAGGGGAUUUCGUGACUUGCUGCACAUCGGCAACCAGAGUCGGCCGGCCAUCUUCGACCUGAAGAGCCGCAAGCCGGAGAAUCUGUACGAGUGUGUGGUGGAGGUGGACGAGCGGGUGCAGCUCAUGACCAGGGAGGACGCCGGACAAGCUAUCGAGGUACGGACGGGCCGACACACUCAGAGAGAGAGAGAGAGAGCGAGAGAGAGCUGGAGUCGCACAGCCGAUUGUGUAUGUGUGGGCGUGGGUGUGUAUGUGUCUGUCGGUUCAGCAGGGCAAUGAUGACGAGUUGGUCCAGGGCAUCACGGGCGAGUACGUCAAAGUCAUCAAGGUGCGGGAAGGCUGCAAGCCAAGCGAGCCGAUUGAUCCAUGACAUGAACCCUUGCACUGCACGGAUGUGCUGUGCUGUGCUGUGCUGUCAGGAUUUGGAUUUGGACGAGGUGAAGACCAAGCUGACGGAGGUCUACAGCAGAGGCAUUCGGUCGCUUGCCGUGGCUUUCCUGCACUCGUACACAUACCGAAACCACGAACAACAAGCCGCCACCAUCGCUAAGUGCGUCGUCAGUCAACACACAACACAACACAAGGACGGCGCACACACCGAUCAGCUACCAAUCAGCCGACACCAGCUCUGUGCGUGUCUGCCGCUUCCUCCAGGCAGCUAGGCUUCACCCACGUGACAUUGUCCCACGAGCAGUCGUCGGCCAACAAGAUUCUGCCCCGCGCCUACACGGCAUGUGCGGACGCAUACCUCACACCCACCGUCAAGCAGUACAUCGCAUCCUUCUCUCAAGGCUUUAGCGUGAGCCGAGCCACCGAGCCAACGAGCGAUGAUGUGCACGUGUGGAUGAAAGCGAUUGUGUGGGCCGAUGGAUCCAUCAGAGUGCCCCCCCGCUGAAUUUCAUGAAGUCUGAUGGCGGCCUGGCACCCACAGGGGAGUUCUCAGGCGUACGGGCGGUGCUGUCGGGGCCUGCAGGUCAGCCCAGCAAGGCCUUGGCCACGUGCCGCCACUCUGUGAGUGAUAGGUGUGUGUUGGAUUUGGUGCCAGGUGGUGUGGUCGGUUACAGCCGCACGGCGUAUCAGCAGAGUGGUGGCACGGCGGUCAUCGGCUUUGACAUGGGCGGCACGUCCACCGACGUGUCGAGGUACAACGGGGAUCUGGAACUCAUAUACGACGGAGAAGCUGCCGGCAUCACUCUGCAGGCAACACAAGACAACACAGCACCACACAUGGCUUGACACAGCACAUGACACGUCGAUUCGCAUCAUAGACAGACAGGUGCCGUGCAUUGUGGUUGUGUGUGCAGGUGCCCCAGCUGGACAUCAACACAGUGGCUGCAGGUGGUGGGAGCCGGCUGUUCUUCCGAGGUGGCAUGUUCCACGUGGGCCCCGAGUCGGCCAGGGCCUACCCCGGGCCGGUGUGCUACCGCAACGGCGGGCCACUCGCCAUCACCGACGCACAGGCCGUGUUGGGACGACUUCCACCACACCGAUUCCCUCGGUGAGAUAGACAGACACCCACACAGUGCUGGAGGGAUGGAUGGAUGUGUGUGCGUCUUGUGCGUGCAGGAUAUUUGGUCCGAGCAAGACGGAGGGUCUGGACGUGUCGUUGGCGGCCAAGCAGCUGUCUGAGCUGACGGAGCAGAUCAAUGAGUUCAACCAAAGGGAGGGACGAGCCGCCAUGACCAUGCAGGAGGUAAGCAAGUGACGGAGGCUGCAGAUGUGUUUCAUGUCGCAUGUGAGGGAGAAUGUCGGUUUGUGUGACCUUCUCCCACCAUGCAGGUGGCUCUGGGCUUCCUGAAAGUCGCCAACGAAGGUGAAAAGCCAAGAAGGCGGUGUCCCGGCGUCCGUGUUCUUGUUUGUUUUCCACAUCUUGGUUUGUCUGUCGCUUGCUUCUGUCUGUCUGUGUGUCAGCGAUGACGCGGCCCAUCCUGUCACUCACGAGGGUAUGCAUUACACACACGUGGCGAUGGCCCAAACACGUCAAUAAUGCCAUUACACACAACCGUGAUGUCUCUAUCGUGUGUGUGUGCUGACAGGGCCGCGGCUACAACCCCAGUGAGCAUGCGCUGUCGUGUUUUGGCGGGGCGGGGGGGAACCACGCCUGCUCGAUGGCCAGGUGGGGGCCGGGGGAGGCAGAUGGGUCCGCCUCUCGUGUUUGGAUGGCAUCCAUCCAUCCAUCCAUCCAUCAUAUAUAUCGGUGUGUGUGUUGGGUGUCAUGUGUGUCAGGUCGUUGGGUAUGCGUCGUGUGUACGUCCACCGCCUCGCUGGUAUCCUAUCGGCCUACGGGCUGGCACUCGCAGACGUCAAAAUCGGUAGGUACACACACACAUACACAUACACAUACACGCAGACGCGCACAUGCAGUCAGUCCAUCACUCUCGUGUAAUUCGAUUCGUGUGUGUAGACGAGGCCCAGCCCGUGUUGGAGCACUUGCCGCCAGUCGUCAUGACCGCUGCAGAGGUAGGUGGGUGGGGCCUGCCGCACAGGCAAACACAAACACAGCUUCCUUGUGUGUCUCACUUGUCAGGCUCACACCGCUGAAGACUCAGCAGCCGCACAGGCGCUCGACAGUGAGUGAAUCAAAAACGGAACAGUCCUGGCAAAGACACUGGCCUGUGUUGUGUUUCUGUGUGUAGAUUUGCGUGUGCAGCUGGCCGAGUUGGAGAAGAGGGCGAAGGAGCGGCUGCAGGCGCAGGGCUUCGCACUCAACGACAUACACACCAAACGAUCACUCACUAUACGGUAGGCUCCACAUGCACACACACGCGCAUCGUCCACCCACCCGGACCUGCCAUGGUUGUGUUGCAGCUAUGACGGGACGGACACCUACGUCAAGGUGUCCGAGGCGGCCGGCAAGACUUACAAGGACAUCAGUGACGACUUCAGAAAGGUGCGGCAAAUGGCCGUGCAAGCAUAGAUACACACAGAUGUAUCUCUCUAUGUGUCUGUCUGUGUGCACUUAGUUGUACAUCCGUGAAUAUGGGUUCGAGCUCUCCACUCGGCUGGUGGUGGAGGAGGUGAGAGUCGAUGCCGUCGGCAAGUCGUCAGCAGGCAGGGCACAACUCAAGUGCCAGGGGACUGAGGAAGCGGUCAGUCAGUCACAACACUCACCCACGAUGCCUGCCAGACAUUUUGCACAGGCAGGCAAGGAGAAUGUGUGGCCUCUCACUCCUCCACUCACUCAGAUGUCGAGUCCGGUCGAGAGCUAUCCCAUAUGGUUCGAUGCCAGUGUGGUGCCGACCAGGGAUGGCCUCAAGGUGGAGGAGGAGCAGAAAGGCGCCCUUCUCCUCAGGACACCCAUCUACCUUACAGAAAGGUAAGGUACUCACACACAGACACCGGCGACGGACAGCGUAAACCCAUACAUCACUCACAUCUAUCUGAUCUGCAUCCAUUCAUUCAUCCGUCAAUAAUCAAUCGAUCAGGUGCAUGGCCGGCCAGUCGAUCAACGGCCCCGCGCUGCUGUGCGAUGCCAACACGACCGUCCUGGUGGAGCCCAACUGCACGGCGACGUUCCUCGAGGACGGCUCCGUCGAGAUCCUCCUGCACGACGGCGACCAGCCCACACAGACAGAUGACGCAGCAACCAACGGGGUGGGCGGAAGCGAUGAGGAGGUCAUCGGGCCUGCGGACCCCAUCACACUCAGUGUAUUCGGACACAGGUACGCCAUGGGCAGAGAGGGAGACCAGCCACACCUCACUGCUCUCUGAUCGCGUUUGUUUGUCAGGUUCAUGGGCAUCGCGGAGCAGAUGGGUCACAUCCUCUCCCGCACGGCCAUAUCGGUCAACAUCAAGGAGCGCCUCGACUUCUCAUGCGCCAUCUUCGGACCAGACGGCUCCCUCGUGGCCAACGCCCCCCACCUCCCUGUGCACCUAGGGGCCAUGCAGGAGGCCGUGCGCUAUCAGAUAGAGCUGCUCGGCAACAGCUGGCGGGAGGGCGAGGUCAUCCUUUGCAACCACCCGGCGUAUGGCGGGUCACACCUGCCCGACCUGACCGUCAUCACGCCCGUGUUCCAUGAGGGGACGAGGGCGGUGUUCUAUGUGGCAUCGAGGGGCCACCAUGCGGACGUGGGCGGCAUCACACCCGGCUCCAUGCCGCCAUUCUCGAAAAGUGAACGAGGGGAGGGAGGGAGGGAGGGAGGGAGGGAGGACACACAGAGAAAUGCUCACCUUGCAGGUGAGAGUCUGUGUGUUGUGGUGUGUUAAGGUAUCGGUGAGGAGGGGGCGGCCAUCCGGUCGUUCAAGCUGACGGAGGGGGGAAUCUUCCAGCACGAUGCUACCGUGGCCCUCUUCGGACACACCAUCGACGCCUGGACGGAUGAGCAGAGGAAGGCCUCCACCGCGCAGGCGUGUCAGCACGGUAACAUCCCCGCCCAGCCCCCCACCCGUCGGCUGCAGGACAACCUGAGCGACCUGCACGCCCAGGUAGCGGCCAACCACCGGGGUGUGACCCUAAUGGAGGAGCUCAUCAAGGAGCACGGCCUGCGGAAGGUCCAGUGCUACAUGAAGUACAUCCAGGACGCCAGUGAGGAAUCGGUCAAGGAGAUGCUCGUGGCCAUGUCUCACAAGAACGGCCUGCAGCUCAUCGACACCCUCCGGGGCGUCGACUACAUGGACGACGGCUCCGCCAUACAGCUAGCCAUCACCAUCGACCGCACCAAACGCACCGCAACUUUCGACUUUACCGUAAGCGGCAGACAGACACCUCUUCCAAACGAAACCAGCAAAGAGUCUGUCUGUCUGUCUGUGUGUGUGUGUUCAGGGCACUGGUCCAGAGGUGUACGGCAACCUCAACUGCCCCCGGCCCGUCACGGCGUCUGCCAUCAUCUACUGCCUGCGGUCGAUGCUGGACUCAGACAUCCCUUUGAACCAAGGCUGCCUCAAACCGGUGCAGAUCAUCCUGCCGCCCCACUCCCUCGUCAACCCUUCUCAUGACGCGGCCGUGGUGGCCGGCAAUGUGCUGACGUCGCAGCGGAUCACCGACAUUGUUUUGAGGACUUUCCGGGUGGUGGCCAACUCGUAUGGGUGCAUGAACAACUUCACCUUUGGCAACAAGCUGCUGGCAUUCUACGAGACCAUCGGUGCGGUGCGCGUCUGUGUCUCUGCGAACAAACACAAACCAUGCAUGAGAAGGAUGUCUGUGGCUGGGUGUGUGUGGAUUAGGUGGUGGCAGUGGAGCGGGCCCGGCAUGGCACGGCCGCAGCGGCGUCCAGUGCCACAUGACCAACACACGAAUCACUGACGUGGAGGUCGUCGAAAGAAGGUGCCUCUCACCACACCCACAUGUGAUUGAUGUGAUGUCAUUUCCCUCCUCUCUCUCUGUCUGUAUGCUGUAUGCUGUAUGCAGGUACCCGGUGCUGCUGCGUCAGUUCAGGCUGCGUGAGGGAUCCCAGGGCGUUGGCAAGUAUUGCGGCGGUCAGGGCAUCAUCCGGGAGUUCCAGUUCCUCCUCGACGGCAUGGAGGUCAACUGCCUCAUGGAAAGGAGAGCACGGCCGCCCCAGGGGCUAGACGGCGGCGGCGAUGCGCUCCCCGGUCUGAAUCUGUGGGUGCAGCGGUCCAAGCACGACCGCACCCUGAACCUGGGCGGCAAGAACUCCAUCGUUGUGCAGGCGGGCGACCGCGUCAUCAUCGCCACACCAGGCGGGGGCGGGUACGGCGCCCCAGAUGACACUCGUGACGUCUCUGGCAAGAAGGAUGGGUCACCGGUGGCUGCCCACCCACCCACGCUUGGGACGGGGUCGGUCAAUGCGUUCUGGAGGGCAGCUCAUGAGAGCUAGACCAGGGAUGGAUGGGGAGUGGAUGUGUGAUGCUCGUGGUUGUGCUGAGCAUGCAACUUUCUCCUGCGGAGAGGGUUUGUUUGUUUGUUUGUUUGUGCACAGGAGGGAAGCCGAUAAGGCUUGUCCGUCUUGCCGUACGUGUCGUGUCGUGUCGUGUCGAUCUAAGUCUGUGAACGUGUCUGUAGCCAUAAGCCCAAGAUUGAUUGACGUGGAUUCAUGUGAUGUAUACGAGGGAGGACCCUUUUUCCUCAUUGAUUCAUGUGGUCACCGAUUCAGUGCAUGUCGACAAACAAAUGCAGUC